AUGGAACUAAAAAGCGCAGCAGAGCGUGAGCGUGCUAGGGAGUGGGCAUCUGAACGCCAAAGGCUAGCAGUCUGGAGAGUGGUCUCUAGCCUGCCACCCCCCAAAAAUCAACAUGGAUGAAUGGCUACCUAGCGGCGAGUGGUGAUUUUUAAAUAAGGAUGCCAUCGCUGCGCACCUCUCGUUUUCUCCUGUUCUUUCUUUUCUUCGGCAACGUCUGGAAGGUGCUGCCGAAAUCCAUUCCGGAUCGGGGACCACUAGAGGUGCUGAUAAGAGUGCAGGUGUUUGACAACAGCGACCUUUCGCCUUUACCGGACGCCACGGUAGAGGUCCACGGCAACCAGUCCACCCCGUCGACCGGCAGAGCGGGCAGCGAUGGCAUCGCCACGGUUACCCUCCUGUACCGCCCGGGCACAUGGGUCAUCAUCGCCGCCUCCAAGCCGGGCUACGUCACCAACUCCGCCCCCUGGCACGCCAAGCGCAUUCCCCUGUACGCCUCCAUCUCCCUCUACCUGCUUCCCCAGAGGCCCGCUACCCUCAUCCUGUACGAAGACGUGGUCCAGGUGCUGCUGGGAUCCCCAGGGUCGAGGCGCCAGCCCUGGGUGCAGUUCCAGAGGAGGGCCAUCGGGCUGACCCUCAACUCCACCUACGCGGAGCUGACCGCCAUGCUGACCGCCGCCAAGAGCCAGUACGAGAUCGGGGGAUUCCCCUACCCCCUGGGCCAAGAGAGCGCCAACAGCACGGGAAGUGACAUCGGCUGGGCAGACCUGACGGCUGUGGCUGCUGUCAGCGCCCACCUCUUGGACCAGAAUGGGACGGUGGUCCAGGUGUCGGACCCCGUGCACAUCUCCAUCCCGCUGCCCUCCGACACGCCCGUCAGGGCCGCCACCAGCGUCCCCGUGUGGAGGUUCGAGGCCCAGAAGGGUCUGUGGGUCAGGAACGGGACGGGGUACAUUAAAAAGGACGGGACACAGAUGACAUGGAGUUUCGUGGCCUCCCAGCUGGGCUACUGGCUGGCAGCCUUUCCAACAGACACAGGCAUGGCUGUGAACCCCCCGGGCCUGGGUGACAUCACCACGUACCACACCAUCUUCCUGCUGGCCAUCCUGGGCUCCCUGGCCCUGCUGGUGCUGGUGCUGCUGUGCCUUCUGCUGUAUCACUGCAGGAGGAGGUGCCUGAAACCGCGGCAACAGCACCACAAGCUGCAGGUGUCCUCCGCGCUGGACGGCUCCAGGCGGGACCAGGGGACCUCCACCUCGCACCUCCACCUGAUCAGCAGCGGGCGCCCGGACGCGGGCACCGCCUGCGCCGGCGACGCCGACGGCCUCAAGACCGAGCUGACCUCGCGGGACGAGUUCUUCCGGGACGUCCCGGCCCACAAGUCAGCGCGGGUCAACACGGGCACGUACACGCGCAGGGGCGAGGGCUUCCCGCCGAAACCCGCCAACCCCGGCGACGCCCGGAACCAGGACAAGCGGCGCAACGGCGGCGGCGGCGGCGGCAGCGCCAACGACAACCAGGGCUACGCCUCGGACCCGCCCUCCCCGCCGCCCGCCUUCGCCGGGCGCUACCAGGACAGCCGGCCGCCCGAAUACUCCGCCUCCCAGCCGGCGGACCCCCUGGCCCGGGCCAACACCCAGCCGGGCCAGCUGAUCUUCUGCAGCUCCAUGGACCAGAUGAACGAGAGCAUGUACCGCAGCGUGGUGCCCACGCUGGUCAUCCCCGCCCACUACAUGCGGCUGUCCUCGGACCUCUCCGCCGUGGAGCAGGCCCUGGAGCAGCAGCAGCUGCAGCAGCAGGACCGCGAGGGCAUCCAGGUGAGCGUGACGCUGCCCCGCCCGCGGGGGGCCCCGGGCCAGCAGGGCCCCCCCCAGCAGCAGCAGCAGCAGCAGCAGCAGCAGGGCCAGCGGGGCGGCCUGCCCCAGCAGCAGCAGGAGGGCGAGGACGCCGUGCGCAUCCCCGUGCUCUUCGACGACUCGGCCAUGAGCCAGAUGAGCGAGGAGCUGCAGGCGCUGACCGAGCAGAAGCUGCUGGAGCUGGGGGUGAAGCCGCACCCCCGCGCCUGGUUCGUCUCCCUGGACGGCCGCUCCAACUCGCUGGUGCGCCACUCCUACAUCGAGCUGGGGAACGAGCGCGGCGGCGUGGGCCUCGGCGGCGUGGGCGGCGGCUCGCGUCCCGGCGAUGGCGUGGGCCCCGCCCCCGGCAGGGCGGAGUCCCGCGGCGGCCGGCAGCCCCAGCGGACGCCGGGGGAGCGCAGGGGUCGGGCCGCCAAGGCCUACGCCAGGCCGGCGUGCGCCAACGACCCCAAGACCGCGGCCGCCGUCGCCGAUGGCGAGGGCAGGGCUGCCCCGAGCUCGCCCGAGGACAACUCCCUGGCCCCGCUGCUGGACGAGGCCCCGGGGCCGCGGGGGGCCACCUUCCCCCGCCGGGGGCCCAACAGCUCCCGCGCCGGCGGCGGCGGUGGCGGCGGCGGGACACGGCGGAGCUCGGCGACCAGCCCCGAGGUGGAGGAGAACGACCUGGACGACAAAGACGACGACGGGGAGAACAAGAAGAGCCCCUGGCAGAGGCGCGAGGAGCGCCCCCUAAUGGUCUUCAAUGUGAAGUAGCCCUCGUCUCGCCCUCGCCAGGACCCCGAGGCCCUGUGUCCUUAUAGACAGUGUCUUCAUUGACUCUUCCUGAAACCCAUUUGGGGGGGGGGGCGGAUUCUGGUCACCAAAGGAAUCGGGAGAACAGCACAGCCAACGACCUGUAAAAUGUGAGAAAUAGGAUCCACAGAGCCCCUGUGCUUGGAGCCAUCCACUCCUGUGAGGGGGGAGGGGGGGGGAUUUCUUCACCUCCCUCUAACUUCCGUGAACCCUUGGGCCUCUUUCCUUAGCAUCUAUCCCAGCAUUCCUAGCAUGCAAAUAUGCCAUACCCCCCCCUCCCCCCCCUUUAGUGUUCCUCAUUUGACCCGAGCUCUGAGGAACCCAGUAACACUACAGAGGCUAACAACGAGAGAACCCAGUGGAAUUGUGGGACAUUUUGAUUUCAUCUCUCCUUUUCAGUAUUUUUCAUUAGCGAGAACACUGUUGACCUCACUUUUCGCAAGGCCCUCAUUUGUCCGGAGAGAUCCCUGGGACCAGUAGUGCGGGUGUUGCAGUACUUCCGUGUGACCAGAGGGAAACGCGCUGGCUCAGCUGAACUGUGUGGAACGAGCACAUCAGCACGUAAUCACAGACGGAACAGGAGGUUCCUCCAUCUUCCUCUAACUUACUUGAACCUAAAUCACAGACGGAACAGGAGGUUUGAUGGAAGGUCUGGGUUCUUCUUCUCUGUCACUCGUUGCUUUUGAGCAUCUUGGAGAAGGUUUUCUCUGAACUGUGGGGUUCCUGCAGUUAGGAAUGGACCUGGAGCUUGGUAGCGUGCUUUGGUGGAGUCGCCCUGGAAAUACUGCAUUUUUUGGCAUUUUGACACCAUUUUGUUUCGAGAGUUUACUAAUCAUAUGAUGGCUGCGGGUGUCUGAUCAGAUACUGGCACAGUGCUUACUGAAACCUGGAUAACACCACAAAAAGAUAACUUUUUUAAGUGCUGAAAAGAAACUGCGGACAUUUAUCAUUUAUGUUCAGUUUUACUUGGGAGACCAUCCCUGUGUGUAUCAUAUGUGGAAGCGGGCAUAAGAAGAAAAGUAAUGUUUUCCAGUGGCCAUUUGAGAGCAAUUAGAAGUAAUAUUUUGAGGCCAUAAACAAUUAGUACUUUACACACUAAAUUAGCACAGGAUUACCUUUAAGAUAUAUCAGGUAUUUCAUAAUCUCCCACAAGAUUAUGUAUUUCAUAAUCUUCUGAAUAACAGAAAGUGACAAAUGUACAGUCUAAAGAUAGUUUCCCUAUUCAAAAGCUUCCACCUCAAUUUCUUAUAGUAGCAAAGGGAACUUACCGUAUUAAAUAGGGACCCAACAUUAAUCCCUAUAAACUUUGGCAGGCUUAAAACUCAAUCUUUAAACUAAAUCCGUGUGACAAACUAAUAUAGUACAUUUAGUACUAGUGAUGGUAGUGAUAAUAUUUGUUUGUUUUUUUGAUGAGGUUCCUCCUCUGUAGCGUAUUAAGCACCUGGAACUGUUAUGAAUUAUUUGGUCUCGUGGAGAUCACAUUUGCUACGUAUGACUCUUGCCAGAGCAGAGCAUUUUUUGAUUUCGCAGUUUCGCAAUGGCUACAAACACAGCUCACCCGUGUGAUUUCCAGUGAUGGGGAAAUGGCUUGACCCCGUCUGCUCAUUUUGAUAUAGACUAAAAUGGCGAAGUUCCACUCGAGACGUUUACGUUUCUAUACGGUGUUAAACUGCUGACUAUUCGACGAGCUAAUUACAAUCGCUGCGCUGUGUCCUCACAGUGCCUGGAGCUGCCCCCGUUUGUUCAGUAGUUAGCAUUCUCUCCGGUUCCAGAUCUCCGAAUUUCCUCUCUUUCUCUCUCUCUCUCCCUCUCUCUUUUCCUUUAGUCUUUCGGAGGUCAUUACCGCUUUGGAGCGCUGUUGUGCCACGCUGGAAAGAGCUGCAGUGGAGCUAUUUAGCGCAUCAGCACGUAGCGUAGCACACGCAGGCUCGAAGCGGACUCUAACGGGAACUUUGUGUUACCGAGCGCGUGCUUGUAGGUGUACGCUUACACACCGCAGCUACUCAGAGGCCCGCCAUUUACAUCCGCUACACUUGCAGUAGCGAGGGGACAUUUUUGUGGAAAGGAAACUGAGAGGAUGUCUGUGUUCGCUGGAUACAGGACCAGAGCCAAAAUGGAGGGAGGGGGGCACAGUGGACCAGGCUCGCCCUGUUCCGCAGUAAGCAAAAAAGCAAUGUCUGAGCCACAGAUGAGCAUCCAGGAGCCCCAGAGACCCACAAUGCAUCAUUCUCUUGCUCCCAAGUGCCUUCACUUCCCCUGCUGUAGUGGCCAGCACAGAAGGGCCUUUCUUAGCAUGUGAUAACAGAUGCUUUGUGAGUGCAAUCAGAUCCAGGUCCUUUAGCAUUGUAGAGACAAGCAUGUGAGCUCACACUCCUUCCCCUCCCAUUACUGAGCAUGCUCAGUGAUGCCAAUGACUAGCACUUUUCCCCAUAAUGGCGUACACUGCAACAAAAAAAAAAGUUUGUCUUAACAAGUGCUUUAAAAUCUUAUUUCUUUCUCUCAAGUAGAAAAUAUUAGCUUGUUUUAAGUUACUUUUUGCUUGACAAGUGAAAUUGUUCCCAUUGACUAAUCUUGAAAUGAGUCAAACUGUCUGACCAGAUGUGUUCCUCUCACCACUGAUUCUGGAUCAGUGCUGGAGAGCACUGUCUCCACAGGGUGUACUUCUCUCCACUGAUUCUGGAUCAGUGCUGGAGAGCACUGUCUGCUCAGUGUGUUCCUCUCACCGCUGAUUCUGGAUCAGUGCUGGAGAGCACUGUCUGCUCAGUGUGUUCCUCUCACCGCUGAUUCUGGAUCAGUUCUGGAGAGCACUGUCUGCUCAGUGUGUUCCUCUCACCACUGAUUCUGGAUCAGUGCUGGAGAGCACUGUCUGACCAGCGUGUGCCUUUCUCCACUGAUUCUGGAUCAGUUCUGGAGAGCACUGUCUGCUCAGUGUGUUCCUCUCACCGCUGAUUCUGGAUCAGUGCUGGAGAGCACUGUCUGACCAGCAUGUGUCUUUCUCCACUGAUUCUGGAUCAGUGCUGGAGAGCACUGUCUGCUCAGUGUGUUCCUCUCACCACUGAUUCUGGAUCAGUGCUGGAGAGCACUGUCUGACCAGCGUGUGCCUUUCUCCGCUGGCUGUCACCAGACCAUAAAAUGAAUAACAGGAAGCACUCUGCCUUGGGUACCCUACACACGACUUUCAAAAACCUAACAGCCAUAGCUCAGGAGGUAAGACCGAUUGUCUGGCAGUCGGAGGGUUGCCAGUUCAAACCCCGCCCUGGGCGUGUCGAAGUGUCCUUGAGCAAGACACCUAACCCCUAACUGCUCUGGUGAAUGAGGGGCAUCAAUUGUAAAGUGCUUUGGAUAAAAGCGCCAUAUAAAUGCAGCCCAUUUACCAUUUACCAUAGACCGUCUCACGUUUAAUGACCGUGUCGUAUAAAAAUUGCGUGCUACGUCCAGGCUAGGAACGCUCGCGCUACGCGCGUAGCCACAGGCAGCGGUCACGGGGGGGGUCACACGCUACACGGGCCACGCCCGAAGCGAUGACAUCAUAUCGGUUUAAUAUUCCCGCAAGAGAUGUUAGCUGGCUUGAGGCUGGAUCGGGAGGGCUGUGGAUGAGCCUCUGGCCGCCUAAUUCUAAAUCUGGCAACCCUAAGAGCAACGCAGUGGUCUUCAUUCAUACCAUGUUUCGGGCAUUAAAAAAUGCACACCCUCCUGGUGUACUUUUGUUCCUGAAUGUUGUCCUGCACUGCUGUCUUCAGAUACCUUUUUUGUUUUUACUGUGGUUGCAGACCUCAGAAUUUCGCUUUUGUUCAUUAGGCUGUUUUAAAGUGAAUUAGAUGUGAGGGGUUUUUUUUUUUGUUGUUGUUGUUGUUUUGUUUUGUUUGAUAAGACUGUGUAAAGAGAUCCUGUAAAUCCAUUUUGUUUAACCCCAACCUGUGGUAAACUUCAGGCUUCAGCUAUCAAUCAGACAUGAUGUUGGCUUUGUGAAUUUCACUGUCUUUGUCCACUAACAGCGCUGGCAAGAAAAUGUCUAAGCUAGCUUUCUGUGAAUCAUUCCUGCCCACAACUAGAACAUGAGUCCACAUAAGGUGAGGCUGUUACACACUCAUGUGGACGGUUGAACUAUUUUGUAUUUUGUGAACAUAUGAAUAAUGAAUUAUUAAUAUCAGUACCUUAGUCCUGAAUCGUUGCUUUAUAUGGUUGAAAUUGUUUUCAACUGUUUGUUGGGUCGUUGCCCAGAAUUGGUCACCGAGGGCCAGUCUGCGAUGGAGAGUUCUAAUCUCCACUAGGUGGCAGCAUUGGGCAAAAAAAAAAAACUGCUGCCAAGUUAUCUAUGAGCUAGAAUGAUGGUGCAGUGUAACAUUUGAAGUGUUUCCCUCCCUGUUUCAUGCACAUAAAUGGUUUUGAUAUAUAAAUGAGAAUGUGUUGUGAAUCAAAAAACCCUACUUGACUGGUUAAACGUUUGUGAUCGCUUGAUCUACUAGCCUCACUGAUGCCACACUCACUUCCUUCUCACUCGUGUUCUGAUAGAGUCUCUGCCUUUUAUGCUUGCUCUUCUUUAAAAUAAACAAAAACGUUAUUGUACAAAAGAUUAAAGCUUUUAAUGAGGUAUGUUUCAAGA